AUGAGUUCAUUGACUAACGUAGAACGUCUUUUGCUCGCACAAGCAGUGUACGAGUAUGGCGCAAAUGCUUGGCAGCAAGUCUCAAGGUUGCUCUCCAAGCAUCCCAUCAUCUCUCGCCCAAAGACCUUCUUUUCAGCUAAUUCUUGUCGCGAUAUAUAUGCUCGCCUGAUGAGUGAUGCUCAGCUUGAGUGCACCGAGUCUGCUCCACAUGCCCUUGUGAAUCUCAAGCUUGCCCAGAAGUUCUAUAGUGCACGUCUCCUGGAAUUGCGUGAUUUAAUUGCAGCAGAGGAAGUCAAGUUCAAAAGUAUCGUUGCAGAAAUUCAGGACAUUCGGGCUGGCAAAUGGGACGACAAGAUUCGUUCCAAGCUCUCUGGGGCAGAAUCUGAACCCGAUGCAGAAAACGAUGCUGCACCUGCACAGAGUGAAACAGCCAUCGAACCCGAGGUCUCACAUCAUAUCCAUGAGCGAAAAUGUGAACCUACCCCCCAACCAGAAGAAGAGGAAGAAGAACCAGCCCCUACGCAGGAACCCGAGUACAUUGAACCCGGUCAAACCCCUGAACCAGUCCCUGUGGAAACAGAAUCCCCUCGCCCGCCACAAACCGAGGAACACGAACCUGGGAAUGAAAAUAUUGAGCAGCCAAUCGAACCCGACGAACCCAUAGCAUUAACGCAUGAAGAGGAAACAGAGCAGUUUGAAUGGGAGCACCAGCCUACGUCUCCAGACGACGAGGCAAGUGAGAUAGAGGCGAUACUGACACCUAGUGCCCCAGAGGGGUCCGUUGAGGAAGACGCAAGCCAACAAUCGCCCGAACACGGGGAGGAAUCGCCUGUUCGUGAGGGGGAAUCGCCUGUCCAUGAGGAAGAAACACUCGAAGGUGAAGAGGAGGCGGCAUCCCCCACACAUGACACCGAACACUCCCACACUGAAGCAGACCAAGAAACAUCCAUGGAAGUCGAUGUGGAGCAGGACUUGUCUAUUUAUACCGAAACGAGUUCACAAGCCAAACGCAAGGUGGACGAAGUGGAAGUUGACGACGGCGAAGGUGCUGAAGAGCCCAACAAGAAACGUUUACGUGAGGAGAGCUCACCUCCUACACCAGGGGAGGAGGAACAAGUAACUACACGUCCCCGACGCGAUACAACAAGCAGCGAGCAACGCCCCUCCACACCCAUCCAAUCCGGUCUAUCCAGCUCCACUACCCAAACUAUAACCCCAGCUCAACCCAUUCCUCACAAGCGCUUUCAGACCGUCAUAGGCCUCCUACACUCUCAAAUCUCACAACACCGCAACGGUAACAUCUUCCAUAAUCCUAUAAAACCGACUGAAGCGCCCGAUUACCACGAUAUCAUCAAGCGCCCCAUGGACUUGAAGACCAUCAAAGCAAGGAUAAAAGAUGGAGUUAUUAGAACCUCGAGAGACUUUCAGCGGGAUGUGUAUCUAAUGUUUGCUAAUGCGAUGAUGUAUAAUAGGCCAGGGAGUGAUAUCGCAUUGAUGGCGGAAGAGAUGAUGCUUGAGAGCGAAAAUCACAUCAAUUCCUUCCGACAAACAGAAGGUUACUUGCGCAAUGUCCGCGCGUGA